UUGUUUUCAUUUUAGUACUCGCUGUCUCAAAAAUCAAACCAGAACUGAAUGGAAGAAACUAUACCUUUCCUACCAAUACGGUACCUCUUAUGAAUGAAUGGACUGCAAGAAAAGAUUCAAUUACUUUGCCUCGCAAUGUUUUUAAGCCCGGUGAAGUUACACUGGUCGCGAGAAUGUCUUUUAAAACGUUGGGUCAUUUUUUGCCUCACAGAUGGAAUAGAAAAAGACACGUCAUUUUCACAGAUGGUUAUGUGGUCAACAGCAAUGUCAUAUCAUGUGCAGUGCAUCCAAAACUUUCUUUCCAACACAAUGCAACUGUUACGAUCGUCUUACAGCAUUUAAAGGAAUCAAAUCCUGCUGAAUCAAAGUGUGUUUUUUGGGAUGUCAAUGACAGGGAUAAUACCGGAGGAAGCUGGUCUACUGAAGGGUGUUGGGUAGAUUUCACCAACAAAACGACAACAGUAUGCAAAUGCUCACAUCUAACACACUUUGCAGUUCUUAGUAACAUUAACGAUCAAAAGAUAUCUGAAAAGGAACAGAAAAGGGAAAAUGUAGUCGUUGCAGCAUGGCUUGGUAUACCAGUGGCUGUCAUUCUUCUACUUGGAUCUUUAUAUGUCUGCUUCGCUUGGACAAAAAAUCCUCGAAGAAGACAUGUAGUAAUAAUGGACAAAAGACCAACGUUUCCUGAUAAAGAAGUGGUUGUCACGCAAACAAUAUCGGAAAAAUAUCCUGGUUCGCCAAACAGAUAUUUGUAUGCGGCGAAUUGCACUCCAAGCCCUUCUGAGCUCGAGUGGGAGCAUGCUUGGGAUGUUCUUACUGACUGUGAGAGUCAUGAUUGCAAAGACAAGAGAAGGCCAAAAGAAACAAUGAAUAAGAAUGAAAGUACGGAGCCAGCGUUGAAUGUUGGCAGUAAACUCUUGGAUACCUCUUUUUGUGUUGCAAUAGAUGAUAUGCCGUAUACGAGUAUUUUUACCUUGCACGAAGUCACCAAGUAUUUUCAAAUCUCAUUUGAACCAAAUGCAACGUUGACCGAAUCGAAAAGUCUAAAUGAUGAAACUGAAUCGACAUGCAGUGAGGAUACUCUAAAGAAUGGUGAAUACAUGGAAAAUAGAAAAAAGGUAAAAGAAGAAGAAGAAAAAGAGAUAACAACAGAAAACGUAGAAGAAUUAAGGAUAGAGGGAGAGAACAUAGAAUUGGAGGCAUGUGAAAUGGGUAGUAUUGCAGUAAAUGUAUACGAAGAUGGUUGCAAGACAACAUUAUUUGAUUUAGUGAAAACAAAGGAUGUUUUACCAAACAGCGCUUGCCAAGACAUUUCAUUAGAGCACGAGAAUGUAACUGAAAAGCAUAUAACAUUUUCUAGCGUACAAACGUUUAUUGGCGUUGACUUGAGUACUUUCUCAAGAAUUCACUACUGUUUUAUUUCAAAAUUAUAUAUUCUAUUAAAGGAAAACUUUCUUGUACGUAAAUACGUCCGAUUUUCUCGAAUGGUUGUGCUGACUGAACAAAAUAAUUCAAGGCGAAAAGACCUUCAGAAAGAACAGACUGUGUUAUUAACGCCGUUUGUAAAACCGACAAUAAAAUCGAUUUCAACCUUGAAAUCCACACUGCAUACGACGUCGAUAUCUCCACCGUCUACACUAACAGUUAUAACGUCAACAACAGCAUUAAUUCCAACGUUUAGAAAUGAUUGGUCACUGUGGAAAGAUAUUGACUAUACGCAACCAAUCAAAAACGUUGUCGAAUCGACGGUCCAUAAAUAUAUGACUAUGGAAAAACAAUUGCAUAAAAUUAACCGUGCCUCGAAGGAGCUGUCGUUUGAAGGUUCAAAUAAAACCACGUCAAAUAGUCAAACAAUCCGACAAAAGGACGUCAAAGCGACAACGAACGUCGGACACAACUUUCGUACACAAACAGCCCAUAUGAGAAGUUACAUAGCCCUGCGUCAGCAAUCAAGACGAAAUGAUAUCCAACUGACUUAUAGAAGCACCACCAGAAAGCCUAAAAUUUAUAAAAGCGUGACGUUUAAACGAAAAAUGGGCAGUCGAGAGGGUAGUGAGAGCAAAUUGAAAAACCCAUCUAUACCAUCGCCACAGCAAAUAGCUAACAGACCAAAUACGAAAGAAGAAUUCUUAAACGUCUUAAAAUUAAACAAGGCUAUUGUAGGGACAAAAAGCUCUCGGUGACACGAUUUUUAAAGAUUUUAUGUACUUGACGAUUGUAUCAUAUUGCUUUUUAAAAAAUUUUAUAUAUAUAUAAUUUAUAAAACAAAAAUAAUUAUUUCUCUCGGUAAGCUAAUUAAAUAAACA